AUGCAGGAGGAAACGUUCAAGAUACAAAUUAUUGUGAACAAACAGCGAAUUGGCAUUUACGUGGAUGACCAAUUGGUUUACGAGAAAAUCGGGAUAGUCGGUUCAGCUGUAGGGACCCACUCCGGCAUGCACGUAGUGGUUCUGCACCCUUCCCGCGGCCACGUGAUGCUCGCUAGGCAGUUCCUGACGCACCAACCAGCUGAGGACAGGAACCUGGUGGCAUGCCUCGAGUCCCUCAUGCCGGGGAACAUCCUCAUUGUGGCGGCGGUGCCCGAUGCGGUCAAGUUCCUGGGCCCCGACGCCGUGGCCCGCCUGGAGGAGAUGGGCGCCUCCAGGAUCCGCUAUCUCGCCCGACACGAAGCCUGGGUCAUGGUGGCUCACACGCCCGUCCGCGCUCAAACGCCCCCACGCUACCACUAUCCUUUAAUUAAACCAAACGUAACGGUUCCGGCGAAGCCACUGGGGAGGGUGUGGGGAGAGAGCGUAUCUAUUCGAUCGCUGGAGAAGACGAACGCUUCUGCCUUCGUCGACGUUGACAUCUUCGUCCCUAAAUUUUCAGCUACGCAGUGUGACUGGCACCAGAAUGAAACCCUGAAGGAUCAGAAGGAGUUCUGUGAGCGCUACGACGGCUACGUUCGCCUCUGCAAAUGCCAAGGCCCUCUCACCUCCGCCUUCAGGCACUCCGCUGAAAAGAUAGAAAUCUGUGAGGUCAUUCCACUGGCGAUGUUAACGGCUAUCAAACCCUAUAACUUCUACAGGCAGCUCCUGAAUCUCCUGGAAACUCCCGGAGCUGCGCAGACACCCAUACUGGUUCUCGUGGACGGAUACCAGAGAGAAAUCAUCCAUCUCACCAAACUCUUCAAAUUAGACGUCUUGUUGCACAGACCUCAAGGCGAGAAGGGUUCGGCCACUCUCCUUAACAUGCACUUUCGGUUCUCCGUGCACAAUGUCUUCAAUUUCUUCCCGAAGGCAAAGAAGGCCAUUAUAUUAGAGGAUGACUUGCUUCUCUCGCCGGAUUUCUUAUCGUUCUUCCAACAGACGGCGUGGCUGCUGGACGAAGACCCGACCAUCGGAUCCGUGAAUGCAUUCUCUAUCAACAGCUUUCCUGAAGUGGCAUCCGAUCCUACGGUCUUGAGGAGAGUGGAGCUUUUCCCGCAGUUUGGCUGGCUGGUCCGGCGUGAGUGGGCGGAGGAAAUUUACGAGGCGUGGAUACCGGAGAGCCUUGGAUUUGAGACUUUUCGAAGGUAUCACAUGCAAACAGAACGGCUGCCAGACGAGGAAGAGUUCACAUCGCACCGUCAGGAGACAGCCGACUGGGACUGGUGGCUCUUUAAGGAAGUCCCACGUAAACAACGGGACACUCUGGUUCCUGAAGUAAGCCGGGUCAUCCACGCAGGAUCUUCUGGUGCUCAUGUCACGGGCUAUGCGCAGGAGGGCUUCUUUAAUCACAUGUUUUACAACGAGGAUCCAUAUGUGACGCUUAGGGACCUUGAAGAUAUGACCAAAGAACGCUACGAAGACCUAUUCCGUCGAGAGAUACUCCGUGCUGUUACCCUGAACUUAACCUCCUCGCCCUGUGACGGACCCAUUCUUCCCGAAGACCAGCCUGGACCCUUUAAGCUCUUCGUUGAAAUCAAGACGAAAAAUGAUGAAUAUGAGAGUUUCUAUGUCAUGCAGGCGUGCUUACACGCCUACCCCGAAGAAGCACGUGAGGUCUUCCGUGGGGUACUGCGGUACAAUCUUCAGGGUCGCCUUCUGUAUGUGUGUAGAGAUGUUAUGCUUACGGUAGGAUAUGAUGUAGAGCUUGAGAAUAUAAAAGUAUAA